AUGCCUCUUGCGGGCUUCGCAAUGACAUUGGAUACCUCGAAAGACGCUCCUAGUGCACAAGACGUGUGUACCUCCGCUCACUGCGAACAGGGCAAUCCACCAUCGGCCAUUGAACCUCGCACACCCCAAAAGUCAGGCGCUGAGGAUAACGCUCCUUUUGCGGAUAUAGAUGGACCUGUGGAAGCUAAAGGAGGUGCUGGAGGUGCUGGAGGUGGAGGCGGGAGAGGUGGUGGCGGCGGCAGAAAGGGCGGAGGUGGGGUGGUCGUUGUCUCUUCAGGAAACUCCAAAGCAGGCGCCAAUCCACUUUCAGUGCUGCGAGGUCCAAUCCUCUUACUGAACUCGAUUCUACCAACAGCUAGAGCCCAAACUCCGUCUGGCUUUGUUGCGCCAGCUGAAGCUCACAUUGAUAAUGCUGCCGGUCACGAUGCAGAGAUUGUCGAGCAGAGCCUUCCUAGGUUGCGCAGGGACAGAUGUGAAGCAAUCCUAGGUUUUUACUGCGGGUGGGCUCCGAAGGCAGAUACAGGACCGGUGGGAAGGCUGGUGAAAUGGAUGCGAUCGGCUUAG